ACGCUUAAAUGGUACCUUCCCUGCGAAUUAUCAAGUCCGCAUUACUGAUUUAAAAUGGCAGAAAUUAGAGUCAAAGAUGCUGGAGGCCAUGGGUAUAACGUGAUAGAGUGGCAAGGGAUGUAUUACCCCCUUUUCCCUGGAAUAGCCCCACGUUUGGAAGCCUUGGGCACGUUUGAAUGUAGAAAGGAAGACAUUUUACUAUGGACGUACCCUAAAUCAGGUACACGGUGGGCAUAUUCAAUAGUAAGCAUGAUCAAAAACAACAGCACUGAUGACAAUAGCAUGGACUCGAUAUACCUUGAAAAACUCGACCAAGAGGUCUUUGCCAAAAUGGCGUCUCCCAGGAUCUUGGCAAGUCAUCUGCCCAGGCACCUCCUGCCGCCAGAUGUGUGGAGAAAGCAGAUCAAGGUCAUCCUAGUUACCAGGAAUCCCAAAGACGUGGCUGUGUCAUUCUAUAACUUCAUGAAAGGCAAAAAGAAUUUUGAAUACACUGGCCCAUGGGAAUCGUACUUUCCAAUUUUCACACAAGGGAAAGUCCCUUACGGCUCCUGGUUUGACCAUACCAAAGAGAUGUGCAAGGGAGUGGACAGCAUUCCCAACUGCUUAUUUUUGACUUACGAAGAAAUGCUUAAGGAUUUACCAGCCGCUGUGAAAAAAAUCAAUUCCUUUCUUGGAUUUGAACGAUCAGACGCAUUUUUGGAGGAAGUAGCGCAGAAAUGUACAUUUUCUUCGAUGAAAAGAUCCGAAGAAACUAGAGAACCGAAUAAAUUUAUGAGAGAAGGCCACAGAUUUUUUAGAAAAGGUCAAGUUGCCGACUGGAAGAACUGGUUUACAGUGGCCCAGAAUGAAGAGUUUGAUGAGCUCUACCAUGCCAAGAUGGCGGAUGCACCUCCUGACCUCAAAUCUAGAGUAGUUUUCGAAUGAUCUUGAAAAAAAAUAUCAUAAAAACAAACACUUUAAUUCAUUAAUUGCUCUAAAAGAAAACCGAGAUAGUUUAACAGGCGGAGAAUGUAAUAAUGCACCAAACUUCGAAUAUAAAUUUAUCAAAAACUGACCACCAUAUUUCAACAAAAUGCCAAAUGUGACUACAACAUAAAUUUUCCUUUUGUAUGAUAUUGCCUUUUCAUAAAUAACUUGUAUAUUAAUGCUAUAAGGUAUAUGUGGCGUUGAAUU